AUGGAAAUCCCCCCUUACAGAGAGCCAGGCUGCGUGGGAGACCUCUGGGGGGUAGCAGUGAAGGAAGAAGGUGGCUGGGAAUUGAAAGGACUUCAGGGCCUGAGGCAGCGGCAUGAGGUGCAAGACACAAUUCUAGGGGCACUAGAAAAACACCCCAACUCCCCAAUGACAGCGAAGCAGAUAUUGGAAGUCAUUCAGAAAGAAGGGUUAAAGGAAACAAGAAAUGGGACUUCUCCAUUAGCCUGUCUGAAUGCAAUGCUCCACACGAACACUCGAAUAGGGGAUGGAACCUUCUUCAAGAUCCCUGGAAAGUCAGGCCUCUAUGCUCUCAAAAAAGAGGAGUCGUCCUGCCCAGCUGAGGGGACGCUGGAUUUAGGCUGCGAGUCGGAAGUGGAUGGCACAGAAAUGGCGGAGGCCAGCGCCCGGGGGGAAGGCAACGGAGUUUGUGCCAAGCAGGUGCCCGACGAAGCCUCUUGCACUCGGGAUCCCAGCCUUCCUAACAUGGCCGCGCCCAGCAAGCUGGUGUCUUCCUUCCAGCAACACACCAAGAAGGCUCUGAAGCAGGCUCUGAGGCAGCAGCAGAAGAGAAGAAAUGGAGUCUCAGUGAUGGUCAACAAGACUGUCCCCCGCGUGGUGCUGACACCCCUGAAGGUGUCUGACGAGCAGUCAGAUUCGCCAUCAGGAUCCGAAUCUAAAAAUGGUGAAGCAGACAGCUCAGAUAAAGAAAUGAAACAUGGGCAAAAAUCUCCCACUGGAAAACAAACAAGUCAGCACUUAAAACGGUUAAAAAAGUCUGGUUUAGGACACUUGAAAUGGACCAAAGCUGAGGACAUUGACAUAGAAACGCCAGGAUCUAUUCUUGUCAACACUAACUUGAGGGCAUUAAUCAAUAAACAUACGUUUGCUUCCUUACCUCAGCAUUUUCAACAAUACCUCCUGCUUUUGCUCCCAGAAGUGGAUCGGCAGAUGGGAAGUGAUGGAGUUUUACGCCUCAGCACCUCAGCUCUAAAUAAUGAGUUCUUUGCAUAUGCAGCACAAGGAUGGAAGCAGCGGCUGGCAGAAGGAGAGUUUACGCCAGAAAUGCAAUUGCGGAUAAGGCAAGAAAUUGAGAAGGAAAAGAAAACAGAACCUUGGAAAGAAAAAUUCUUUGAAAGGUUUUAUGGAGAAAAGUUGGGCAUGUCAAGAGAGGAAUCUACAAAGCUCACGGCUAGACCAAACAGUGAUGGAGCUGAAAGUAGUUCUUCAUGUGGGAGCUCAAGUCUUCCAGGUCUUUCUUCACAGGCUCCCUUGGAAGAACAAAAGCCAAAAAUCUUGAAAAGUCCAACUUCUGCAGAGCCUGAGUUCUGUGCUGGGCUCUGCCCUAUGGUAGAUGUAGGAAAGGAGGUAAUGGCAGAGUCAGAAUCAGAGGAUAUCUUGAUCCCUGAAGAAUCUGUGAUUCAGGAGGAAAUUGCAGAAGAGGUAGAGACAAGUAUCUGUGAGUGCCAGGAUGAAAAUCUUAAGGCAAUACCCGAAUUUUUGGAGGAGUCAGAAAUUCCAGGCAGUGCUCAUGAAGAACCCCAGAUAGCAAUUCCUGAAGAAAACUUGGAAUCUUGUGUUAUAAUGAAUGAUGUUUUAGAGACUGAGCCUCACGUUGAGCUGAAGGCGGAAGAGAAAUCCGAAUCUCCCCAGGAAGAAAUGUCCGUGGUUAUUGAGCAGCUAGAAGUCUGUGACUCUCUCAUUCCUUCCACUUUUUCUGUGACUCACCUCAACGACCCAGAACAUACGGAGCCAGAAACUGACACAGAGACCAGUGCUCCAAAAACGAAAACAGGGUCAUCUCCUUUAGAAGGCCAGUCUCCGAAGGGCGGGAUCGCCGUGGAUAUGGAGCUACAGAGCGACCCUGAGGAGCAGCUUUCUGAAAACGCCUGCAUCUCUGAAACCUCCUUCUCCUCUGAGAGCCCAGAGGGGGCCGGUACCAGCACGCCAUCCCCCGGAGGGGAAACGCAGUCUACUUCAGAAGAAUCAUGCACUCCAGCCUCGCUGGAGACGACGUUUUGUUCUGAGGUAUCCAGCACUGAACAUGCAGACAAAUACAACCAGAGGAAGCCCUCCGACGAAAACCUUCACGCAGCUCUGAUAUCAGAAAUAUCUCCCGCGUCCACUUCACCUGAAAUAUCAGAAGCGUCGCUCAUGUCCAAUUUACCGUUGACCUCGGAAGCAUCCCCCGUAUCCAAUGUACCUUUAACAUCGGAAGCAUCGCCCAUGUCCGACUUACCGCUGACAUCAGAAACGUCUUCAGUGUCUUCCAUGCUCCUCACGGCCGAGACCACUUUCGCAUCCAGUCUGCCACUCCCUCCAGAAACAUCUCCAGCUUCCAGCUCUUCCCUGAAUGAAAGGAAGGCGCAUCAGCAAAGAAAGUCCCCUUCCCUAUCUGAAGACCCGCUCUCUCCGCAGAAGGAGGAAGGCCCCGCCCCGGCCAAGCCCCCAGGAGAGGGCCUUCUCUCUCAGCAGAAAACUCCGUCCCACCCGCCGGAGCCCCUCCUCCCGGGCCCGUCUCCCAUGGCUCCCGAAGCGUUUCCGUCCAAAGAGCUCCACAGCAAGCCCCCGGCUCAGCAGCCUGGUCAGUCACACGGUGACACAGAGAAGCCCUAUCCUGCUCCGCUUCCAGAACUUCCUUCUGCAGAGAUCAUCAAAGGGAAAAAUCCUAAUGUGCUGCCGAGAACAGAAAAGAAAGGGGUGUCUUCACCAUUGGAACUGCCUGUCUCCUCUGAGGAGACGGAGAGUAAAGGAACUGAGCUCCCGGCAGCUCAGGCACAGGACCAGCAGUAUGUCGCCCCCGGGGAGAAGGCUUCAUUUCCAGAAGGUUCCAGGAGUAAAACACAUAAGCAAGGAAGCUCGCAGAACCGGUUGGAGACCCCCUAUCCUUCCAAGCUGUCAGAGCCCUCCAAGUCACCUGACGGCGUAAGGAACGAGAGCAGAGAAUCCGAGAUAGCGAAGAGGAAGACCGCAGAGCAGCAUGGCUUUGGCAUCUGCAAGGAGAAGAGGGCGAGGAUCGAAGAUGAGCCUCCCACCCGGAACGCGUCAUCUGGCAGCCCUGCGGAGAAGGAGCAGCAGCCUCCACGAGAGGAACCCAGAGUCCCUCCUCUCAAGAUCCAGCUUUCCAAGAUCGGGCCGCCGUUCAUCAUCAAGAGCCAGCCAGUCUCCAAACCAGAGCCUCGAGCCUCCCCCAGCACAUCUGUGGGUGGAGGCCGGAACACGGGGGCCAGGACCCUGGCGGAUAUCAAGGCCCGGGCCCAGCAGGCAAGGGCUCAGCGAGAGGCAGCGGCGGCCGCCGCGGCAACCCUGGCGCACAUCAAGGAGCAGACGAAGGCGAAGCUCUUCGCCAAGCACCAGGCCCGAGCGCACCUCUUCCAGGGCGCGAAAGAGGGCCGGCUGCCUCCGCUUGGCUGCAAGGAAGGCCCCCCGAGCUUAGAGGUCCCUCCCGCCCCCGAGGCCAAACCCGAAGGUUCAACCGGUGUCAUCAUUGCCAAUCCCAACUGCAGGUCACCCAGCAGCAAGCCCCCGCCCCUCCGGGAGGCCACCCCUGCCCUCCAGCCGCCUCUCCCACCCACCAAACCCCCAGACGCGGCCACGGACGUCGCCGUGCACGGUCCUGAGGAACGUGUCCCCAUGUCCCACGUGUCUGAGAAACCGGUUUCCUCUACCUCUUCGGAAAAGGGCGAUGUGCCCAAGCUGUUCUGUGCAAGUGCGGUCCCCGUGUCCGCCUGCAGCGCGGCUGUGGCGGGAGCAAUGAAAGAGCGUCCCUUUGUGAGUCCCGUCGAUCAGCCCUCCGUCCUCGUGUCUGUCGAUAGUGCAAACACCACCAUUUCUGCCUGCAGUCUAAGUGUGCUCACCACCAUCCAGGGCGCGGACGCCCCGUGCAUAGCCGUUGUACCAAAAUGUGCCGAGAGCACACCCCUCCCCGCCGCCCCCAAGGGCGCCAGCACCCCGGGCUCCGUGGAUGAUACGCAGGCGCUCACGUCCAGCAGCGGUGCGGGCGGCGUGGUCUCCGGGCAGUUCGCCUCUGUGCCAACCCUCUCCAUCGCAAAGAACUUGCCAAACCACCUCGCCACGACCUCUGUCCUGGUUGCCUCACCGGGAAUGAGCACCAGGUUCCCUCCCGAGAAGAGAGCCGUGCCGGGGGGUGAUGAGCAGGCCGUGCCCACGGGGACCCCGGGGCGAGCGGCCCUCGGCUGCAGGGACGCGGGAGCCAUCACGGACCCUCUGGUGGCCCGCCCACCCAUCGCCGUGUUUACCGGAGGCAUGUUGACCAUCAGCUCUUACGACUGUGCUCCCAAGUUCAGUGCCGAGAGCGUGGACAAAACUUCAGGGCCUCGGAACAGGGCAGAGAACUGUGGGAAAGCCCAGCACCCGGCGGCCUUCGCCCCGGCAGCCAUCAACAGGUCGAUCCCCUGCAAGGUCAUCGUGGAUCACAGCGCCACCCUGGCCUCCGCCGUGUCCCUGGCCGUGGCCGUGGCCCCCUGGAAGGAGGAGGCCGUGAGGAGCUCGGGGCCGCCGGGCAGCCACUCAGGGCCGAGCAGACAGAAGGAGCGUCCAGAGCUGGGCUGUGCCAAGGCCGUAGUGGACACCGGGGACCUCCCCGGCCCCGAGCGGCCCCCUCCAGCCACGGAGGCAGCCCCGGGGGUGCAGCAGACGCAGCACAGGAAGGCCCCCACCUCGGGCCCCGGGGACGAGGCGGUGUCCUUGGCCGCGGACACCCUGAAAAGAGCGCCCAACGCAGGCAGCUCGAGCUGCCGUCUGUCGUCCGUGGAGGCGAACAACCCACUGGUGACCCAGCUCCUGCAGGGCAACCUGCCUCUGGAGAAAGUGCUGCCGCAGCCCCGGCUGGGAGCCAAGCUGGAAAUCAACAGGCUCCCGGCGCCCCUUCAACCUACCUCAGCGGGGAAAGCCGCCGCGGAGAGGAGCGCCGUGGAAAUGCCCUCCAGCUCCCCGAACCCCGACGGGAAGGGCUACCUGGCGGGGACCCUCGCGCCGCUCCACAUGCGAAAGCGGGAGAACCACCCCAAAAAGAGAGCGGCCAGGACGGCGGGGGAGCACGCUCACGUCAAAUGCGAGCCGGGGAGGCUGCUGGUGGAGCCGGAGGUCAAGGCCCUGCCCUGCGUCCUGGGCCCUGGCCUGGCCCCGCUGGCCACCAAGCGCCUGGGCUGGCCGCCGGCCGCGGGCCUCUGUAGCAAUAUCAAAUCUGAGCCGGGCUCCUUCGAGGAAGGCCUGGGCAGCAGCUGCAAACUGGGCCUGAAGCAGGCUCCCUACGACCAGAACGAGGUGAAAGAACAGCUGAAAGCGUUUGCGCUGAAGAACGCAGACUUCUCUCCCUACUUGCUUUCUGAGCCACAGAAGCCUUUCCCCCCAUUAGCUGCGCAGAAGAUGCCGGCGCCGCCACCGCCGCCGCUCUGCGGAAACUACCCAGCCAUACACUUCGGCGGUACGAGCUUCAAACGGGCGGCCUCUGCCAUCGAGAAGUCCAUCGGGAUGCUGGGCAGCGGCGCUGGUGCCGCCGCCGCGGGCCUGCCUGGCCAGGGCGCCCCGGUGCCCGCGCAGAACUUCGCCGACAGCAGCAGCUCCGAGGAGCUGGAGCUCAAGUGCUCCUGCCGCCUGAAAGCCAUGAUCGUGUGCAAGGGCUGCGGGGCCUUCUGCCACGACGACUGCAUCGGGCCCUCCAAGCUCUGCGUGGCGUGCCUGGUGGUGCGGUGA